AGUGCCCCUCCACACACACACACUAUUGCACACGCAAAGUGUGCUCUCAUCUGUGGACAACUCACUUGGGAUUGCAAAUGAUCUGUUGAAUUUAUCUCUUGGCGACUUCUUUUUUUGGGGCAAAAGUAAUCCAGAAUUCCCUUGGAAUCUGCGAGGUGUGCUCACUUUUCAUUGCAAAUGAUCUGUUGAAUUUAUCUCUUGGCGACUUAUUAUUUUUUUUGCCAAAAGUAAUCCAGAAUUCUCUUGGAAUCUGCGAGGUGUGCCCACUUUUCACAGGUGUAGCCACACUUGAAUCCUCCUUCCUACCUUGCUCAAGGGCGCCUUGACGGACCAGCUCCAACCUGCUGCUAGUUGACCCAGGUGCGACUUUGCAAACUUGAAGCCCACAAAUAUCCUCACGUCUUCAUCGUCAUCAUACUUGGCAGGAAGGUGAAUUCGGCUGAGUGGUCGCCAACGAGCAAAUAUCAAUGGCAGACUGGAGUCUUCUGGGAAACUUCCUCGAGGAAGUACAGGAACACUCCACCUCCAUUGGCAAGGUGUGGUUGACCAUCCUGUUCAUCUUCCGCAUCCUGGUGCUCGGGACGGCAGCAGAGUCAUCUUGGGGCGACGAGCAGGAGGACUUCAACUGCGAUACAGAGCAGCCCGGCUGCGAGAACGUUUGCUACGACAAAGCCUUCCCCAUCGCGCACAUUCGAUACUGGGUGCUGCAGAUCGUGUUCGUGUCCACGCCCAGUCUAGUGUACAUGGGCCACGCCAUGCACACGGUGCGGCGGGAGGAGAAGCGGCGCAGCCAAGAAGAGGACGAGAGCGGCGAGGAGGAUGACGACGACGACCCUGGAGGGGGUGACGACGACGAGGAACAAGGCGGCAAAGACGGCAAAGAACCAGGGAAGCGCAAGAAAGCGGGGCCUGCGGCGGGCAGAGUGCGCCUGAAGGGGGCGCUGCUGCAGACCUACGUGCUGAGUAUCGUCAUCAGGAGCUUCAUGGAGGUGGUGUUUCUGUGCCUGCAAUACUUCCUGUAUGGAAUAUUCCUCAACCCUCUCUAUGUGUGCAAGGCUUGGCCAUGUCCACACCUGGUCAACUGUUACGUGUCGCGGCCCACGGAGAAGAAUGUCUUUAUCGUGUUCAUGUUGGCCGUGUCGGGCGUGUCGCUGGUGCUCAGCGUGCUGGAGCUUCAUCACCUGGCCUGGAGGCACUGCUGCAGAAGGUUGUUGGCCUCCAAGAAGUCGGCGACUACCACGGAGUCAACUCAAUCCAAACAAGUCACCCUGACUCCGCCGCCACCGCCGCCAUCCACCCCGCCUCCCGAAUUCAGCCAGUGCGUGAUCAGCUCCUCGCACUUCCUGGCGCUGCCCUUCUCCAACCACCGGCUAGCCCACCAGCAGAACUCGGUCAACAUGGUGACCGAGCAGCAUAAAAUGGCGGCGGGAGUGCACGGCGACGAGAGCCUGCUGCAAAUGAGCUGCUACCCGGACGGCUGGCGCGGCACCGCUGAUGUGGCCGCCUGCUACGACGCCGCCGGUUGCCUGCGCAUCCAAAACAUGGGCGGCGUCAAGCGUCCGCUGCUGUGUGCUGCCAACGUGGUCCCAAAAGACAAACGGCGACUCAGCAAAAGCAGCGGCACGAGCGGGCGAACGCGAGCCAACGACCUCGCCAUCUGACAACGGGGGCCAUUCAGCUCCUGGCUUGAACUUGUGAUGCGCACACUCAACACUGCGGUCUUCAUCCAGAAGCCUCCAAGGAGCAUUCCGCUCUUUAGACCUGAGCCGCCGGUCAUAAAAAUGGAAACAGAAGGAUGGGAAUCAGGCUAAACAGUUAUUUUUGAACUCUUCAAAGACAAACAAGAUGGGCUGCAUGUGGGUCACCAACAGAGAAGGCCAUGCAUUUGGUACCACCACUUUGACAUCGCAAUAACAGAAACCAAAGCACAAAAUAACUUAGGAUCUUAUUUUUUCACUUUAUUUUUGUCAGAUCGAUACCAGUACAACUAUGUAUUCCCUGUUUCAGUAUUCACUGAUACCCCCUACUGAUACCUCUAAAGUACUUAUCGUUGGGUGGCUCAUUUUAUGCAAUACCCCCACACAAAAAAAAUCCAACUUCAUUAUACUGAUGAUUUUGCUAAACGACAAUAACAACUUUGUUCAUGUAGUAUUAUGACUUUUUUCACAGAAUCAACAGUUCCUCUGCUGAUCACAGCCAGUGAUAGUAUUUGCUCUGUUUGGCCUUGAAGACACGAUUAGCGAUUAAUACACAGUUGUCUAUGAAAUCCAUGUGCAACUGCAAAACACAAACAAGGCAGGCGUGAGAGCCUACAAACAAUAGCAACAUUUGUCUUGUUCUUUUUACUGAGUGUAGGAUGGACGACAGUGGCCUGCACCUGCUGCUGGACAAUAAGUUGUGUGCAAAAAUAACAACAACCCUUUGACAAGAAGACAUGGGCAGGAUGUUGAACGUGAAGCACAGGCACAACACUGCCUAAAAUCUUAACAUAUUUUCUCAAAAAUUGAUGGAAGAUGUCAAAUUUUGUUGAGUUCUGAAUUUUUCCAAUUUUGACUUUUUUACAGAUAAGUUUUGUAGACACCUGUGCUUUUAGAUGUGCAUUAGCAACAACGGACUACAAUAAGUAUUCAAAACACAGUUAUCACACAUUUUUGAUUGCAGCUUUUUCUGAAAUAAAAAUGCACUACUCAUUUUCAAAAAUA